GCAGUGGAGCUGCGGCUGUUGGGAUGGCGGCAGCGGGCGGUGAGGAGCCGGACUCGGACGACGGCAGCGAGGAGCUGGUACUCACUCCAUUACAGCUCAUCCGCAGCCUGGAACAGGCCUGGCUGAACGAGAAAUUUGCCCCCGAGCUGCUGGAGAGCAAGCCUGAGAUCAUUGAGUGUGUGGUGGAGCAGCUGGACCACAUGGAGGCAAACCUAAAACGGGCAAAGAAAGGAGACUUGAAGGUCAGCGUCCACCGCAUGGAGAUUGAAAGGAUCCGUUAUGUGCUCAGUAGUUACUUGCGGUGUAGACUCGCGAAGAUAGAGAAGUUUUUCCCACAUGUGCUGGAGAAGGAGAAAUCUCGAGCCAAAGGAGAGCCUUCCAUUCUAUCACCAGAGGAGUUUGCCUUUGCUAAGGAGUACAUGGCAAACACCGAGACUUAUCUGAAAAAUGUGGCCCUAAAGCACAUGCCGCCCAACCUGCAGAAAGUGGCCCUCUUAAAAUCAGUCCCGAAACCCAACCUGGACUCUUUCGUGUUCUUGAGAGUGCUGAAGAGGCAGGAGAACAUCCUGGUUGAGCCAGAGACUGAUGAGCAGAGAGAGUACACCAUUGAUCUGGAGGAGGGCUCACAGCACCUGAUCCGGUACAAGACCAUUGCCCCGCUGGUGGCCUCAGGAGCAGUGCAGCUCAUCUGAGCGAGUGGUGAGCACUGAGGUGGGGUUGUGCUGCCUCCUGAGCGUGGCCCAGGCCCAGCCAGCAGGUGGCAGUGAGGGGGGCUGGGCUGGGCUGGGUGCCCCACAGGGUGUGGCUUGGAGAGGGCUGGCUGAGGGUAGCAGCAGGACUGGGAGGUGUAUCUUUGAAAGCAUUCAAAGUGUUCAAGUAAACCAGCAAGACAUCUUC